AUGCAGCUCGAAACCACCAAGGCGGAUGGAAUGUCCACUAAGCUACAGGCUAACCUACUAGAACGAAUUACAGCCAUCUUGACGCAGCUAGCCGCUGCGAAAGGCCAGGAUGUCAAUCAAAGACUAGUGCUCAGCCUAGUCUCACGAAAAUUCAGUGCCGAAAUUCAAGCAAAGGCACUCGAAAGGCGAGAGAGGCUCACAGAUUCUCAACAGUGGACGUGGUCAGCUCUCCAAAAGGACUUACAAGACAUUAUCACUACCAAAGAAAGGAUAGAAAGGAGUCAAGAACUGAUCACGAAGCCCCAUACGCCACUCUCUCCCCUAAGGGGAGAAAGUCAGGAGAGACGCCCGAUACCAGCCUGCAUCUAUUGCAAACGAAGUAAUCAUCGAUCAGUGGAGUGCAGGACUGUUUCAAUAUCGGAGCGGGCAGCGUUCUUGGCGAGGAAUCAGCUGUGCACAAACUGUGGAAAACCGAAUCACACUGCACAGAACUGUAAGAGUCAAGGAUGCUUUAGAUGUGGACUCAAGCACCACUCAUCCACAUGUCGAAGACUAUUACCGCCGCCGAACCACGAACAAUCUAUAGGGACGACAACGAAGCCCCAACAAAACAAUCAGCCAGCUCGAAUAGUUCCCACAUCCAACGUUGCACGAAUGCAGCAAAGAGGAACAACGCAAGCCACACCUAAGCAAACCAGACAAAACCUGGUCACUAUAGAAGAAGAUAGGAAAAAGAAAAAACCUGUGACGAAAGCAGUAUCCACUACAUUACAAACCAGUAGCGAAGAUAACGACUUAGACAUAUAUGAUAACUACUGGAAGAUGGAAUCCUCAGGGAUCGAAGAAUACACAGGAACUGAGAAAGAAGACAAGCAGAUCCAAGAGGACCGAAUUCUCAAGAAAUUCAAAGAAACAAUUAAUUUCGAUAACAUCUUCAAAGAUCAACUCCAGAAAGGGAUCAUUGAAGUAGUGGAAGAAGAGGCCGGCAAACCUCGACCUAAAGAAGGCCAAGGAGUCUUAGUAGCGAAUAGAAUCAAAGAAAUCAAGAAAGUAGCGAAGAAACUAGAGCAGGAAUGGGUAAACACCUAUUUCGGCUACAUAAAUACAAAGAUAAAUCCAGCAGACUGCGCCACACGAGGUCUCACAGCCCCGGAACUAAAACAUCACAUAUGGUGGAAUGGCCCUCCGACCUCACUCACGGACGAAAACGCCAUUUAUGAAGGGCUAGAACGAUUCCAAUUACCCCCUGAUCCUGCUGAAGUAUUACAGAUCUCGAAUGCAAGUCACCCACUCAUACAGGAAGAACGGUUUAGCUCGCUUCGAAGACUGAAAAGAACCGUAACGUACGUUGGCAAAUUCCUGAACAAAUUGGCGAAGAACUUACCAGAGGAAUCGAAGCAGAAAAUCAGAAGAGCCAGUGGAAUUCAGGAAGCUACGGAUAAACUCCAAGUGUAA